CGUCACGUGACCACCCGUACACAGGAUCCACAAGUAAUUCUAGCAGCUGAACCGAAAGUCAAGCCUUGGAGUUAUUCUUUUGUUCAAUUAUAAUAUUUUAUCCACUGGAGCCGGAUGAUAUGAUAUAAUCCUAGGGCCAUUGCGAUUGAAAGCUCGUAAUAAGAAGGAAAGAGAAAGAUGUCUUCGAACCAGUUGUCUUUCAUUCUGGCAUGUACUUUAUGGAACAGGAUGUCGGUGUGUGCUGGAGGUAAGAUUAUAUUCCGUCAUUUAAUCUAUUGCUAAAGUUGUUUAAUCUAUUAAACUGAAAACCGAUUGAAUUGUGUGCUAUUUGAUUGAUCAGAAAGUGUGACUUUUUUUGGCCACUAAUUUAUAAAUCUUACCGCAUGCUAUCGUGCGUAGAGCGCAUUUUUUGGAGAGGCGUUUUUGUACAGAAGAUUUGAGAUAUGAUUUGAGUUUCUAGCAAAUUCCAUUAGUAUAGACCGUAUAAACAUUAUGUAGCAGUGUAGCUUAGAAUUCUUUGCACAGGUUGUUUAUCGUCAAAAGGAAACGAAAGUAAAGGCUACUUGCAUCAAAAUAUCGAACAAACAGCCUCUCUCUCUUUUAAGGAUACAUUACUCAUUAAAAUAAACAGAAUUUGAAGAUAAGAGACAGUUGCCAAUCAGUUGGAGAAGAGACAACUAAUCAAUGAGAAGCACAGAUCUGUCUGCUCUCAAUACUGCAACCUAUCAGUGUCAUUCAGUCAUGAGUUCUCUAGUCCAGUCGGCCACAAUUGCUCCAAUCUGGACAUUGUACCCGGAUAUACAGCUCAGUGCUACAUCAUGUUAAUAAUAAAUCAUAUACAGAAUGUUAAAACAGAGUGUGUUUUUGUGAAGAAAGGGGGGGGGGGGGGUGUAGAGGCACUUGGCGCAGUGGAGCAGAGGCACUUACAGAAGUUACACACGCAUUUAAUGGAAUUCUACAUCAUAUUAGAUGACUGGAGACUUCAGCAGAAUAUUUUUUUAAUACCUCACAAAUGAUCGAAAUGACAGGCUACUUUGACAAACUGAGAAUCUGAGAUCAAUAAAAAACGACAUUGUCUUGAAUCCUUCAAUAGGCCUAGGCCUAGGUGCGUGGAGACGCACAUAUUGUGCAAUAUGAGGAGGAAAUUAUAGUCCUAAAAAAAAGCUUUCCAAUUUCACUGAUGCGCAGAUCACUCACCGGCGAUGGCCUCUCUCUCUCUCUCUCGUUUUACUUUGUAAAACAAUGCUGUUCGCUCAAUGGGACUAUUUGGAAGUUGAUAACAUAUUUGGUAGCCUACAGACAGACUAGUCUUCUUUUUUUCAGCAGAAUCCAUUUGCUUUCCUACCUGUGUUUUCCCGCGAUUGUAUUUGAAAUAUUGCGAAAGGCCUGUUUUGGCUGCAUGCUGUUGUUCACCAGACUGAUUUGCAGCGCGCUCCCGACGGUAGGCAUGACUUGUGAUUGGGCUACAUCCAAUCCGCAGCUAAGCUAUAAAAACAGGGUGUGGGGGGGGGGGGGGGGGGGGAGAUAUUGAUCCUCUGUGGCUAAGUAAUAGGCCUACUACUCCUGGUGUAGUAUUCUAAAUUAUUUCAUUGCUUUAUCAACAGACAGCAGUAAUUAUAUAACUUUGGCAAAUGUAUUGCAAUUUAUCAGGGGUGCUGCGGUACCAGGAAAUAAAGUUACGAAGUGCAACGCUGGAGAGAUGAGAGUUGCAGGCUCAUGUCUAUCAGAGCAGAGAGAGGAAGAGAGGUCAUAGAAAGUGAAUCUCCCGGGCCGGCCCAACACAAAUCAAUUUUUACAAUAUCAGGCACGUUUUCACAUUGUUUUUUUUUUUUUAGGGAGAAGGAGAAUUACAGAGGAGGCAACUUGAAUUAAUUCUGAUUGAUUUUAUUAUAAUUUUUUUACAUUGCAAACAGUUACAAUUAUUUGUGAUGGCACGAGAUGUAAAGGAUCCUGGGAAAUGGGUUCCGGAACGAAAACAGUGCAGCUCAAAUGAAGCACUUUUAUGUGUACAGCAGAUGAAUCAGAGCUAAGGAGUUCCCACAGGGCCUCUUAACUAGCCUGCUCAUGACCAUAUCUGAAUAUGUUGACCAACUGGUCAUUUUAGUACUGACUGACAGAGAGAGGGAGGGAGGGGGGGAACGAGAGUCUCCAAAUCUGUGUACUCCUGUUGUUCUUUCUGCUGUGGGAGUUAAAGGGUUAUGGCAGUGUAUGCUUGCGAAUAAAUGAAUGACCAGUUUCUAUUUACACGGCUAACAGUGGUGUUUCAGGGCUGUUAAGGCCUACCCAAUGGUUGUCCUGUAUUCAUUUUCUGUUUAAUUGAAAGUUGUCAAAAGAAAAUCGGAGGAUACUGAAAAUGUGCUACUCCGCAAAGUACCCAUUUGCCCCACGAGUGAGCUGAGCUGCAAGUAAAAAAAUAUUAACUGGGUGGAAAAAGCAAACAAGUUCACCUUCACGUUCCAUUAAAGUUGACCUGUUCCAGUCACUGGGCAACCAGCAACAAUACUGCCCUCCUGCUCUGUUGAGUCAUACCGUUUAUAGACAAUAGGCUCUGGUUGAGUCCCAAAUGGCACCCUAUGCCCUACAUAGUGCACUACUUUUGAGCUGGGCCUGGUCAAAAGUAGUGCACUAUAUGGACAAUAGGAUGCCAUUUGGGACGCAAUCCCUCUGUAUCCACAGACUGUAUGCAAAGCAUUGGCUCAGCACUUGGCUCUGUGCUUUAAAUUAGCGAAUGAUGGUGUAAUUUACAUUAAUUUGCUCAUUGCGUAAAUAUUCAAAAGAAAGAAGCUCCAGAGUUCCCACACACUGCUCUGUAGCUCAAUUGGUAGAGCAUGGCGCUUGUAACGCCAGGGUAGUGGGUUCGAUCCCCGGGACCACCCAUACGUAAAAAUGUAUGCGCACAUGACUGUAAGUCGCUUUGGAUAAAAGCGUCUGCUAAAUGGCAUAUUAUUAUUAUUAUUAUUAUUACUGUAGAUUCAUGAUUCUCACGUCACCCCCCUCCUCCGCACACUCCACUGGCUUCCAGUUGAAGCUCGCAUCCGUUACAAGACCAUGGUGCUUGCCUAUGGAGCAGUGAGGGGAACGGCACCUCCGUACCUUCAGGCUCUGAUCAGUCCCUACACCCAGGCGAGGGCAUUGCGUUCAUCCACCUCUGGCCUGCUAGCUCCCCUACCUCUGCUGAAGCACAGUUCCCGCUCAGCCCAGUCAAAGCUGUUCGCUGCUCUGGCACCCCAAUGGUGGAACAAGCUCCCUCACGACGCCAGGACAGCGGAGUCACUCACCACCUUCCGGAGACAUUUGAAACCCCACCUCUUUAAGGAACACCUGGGAUAGGAUAAAGUAAUCCUUCUACCCCCCCCCCCCAAAAAAAAAUAGUAUAAUUGUAAAGUGGUUAUCCCACUGGCUAUAGGGUGAAUGCACCAAUUUGUAGUCGCUCUGGAUAAGAGCGUCUGCUAAAUGACGUAAAUGUGCCCUUGAGCAAGGCACUUAACCCUAAUUGCUCCUGUAAGUCGCUCUGGAUAAGAGCGUCUGCUAAAUGACUAAAAUGUAAAUGUAAAUGUAAAUGACAUCAAGAUCCAGUACCGUAGAUCAACUUAUUUAGAAAGCAGAGACACUCCAGGAGAAUAAAUAAUAAUAAUAAUAAUAUGCCAUUUAGCAGACGCUUUUAUCCAAAGCGACUUACAGUCAUGUGCGCAUACAUUUUUACGUAUGGGUGGUCCCAGGGAUCGAAAGCACUACCCUGGCGUUACAAGCGCCUUGCUCUACCAAUUGAGCUACAGAGGACCACUAAGAUAGCUAUACCUUUAGUAAACAGUGCGUUUGGUGUCCCUGGCUCAAACUGAAUGUACAGUUGAAGUCUGAAGUUUACAUACACUUAGGUUGGAGUCAUUAAAACUCAUUUUUCAACCACUCCACACAUUUCUUGUUAGCGAACUAUAGUUUUGGCAAGUCGGCUAGGACAUCUACUUUGUGCAUGACACAAGUAAUUUUUCCAACAAUUGUUUACAGACAGAUUAUUUCACUUAUAAUUCACUGUAUCACAAUUCCAGUAGGUCAGAAGUUUACAUACACUAAGUUGACUGUGCCUUUAAACAGCUUGGAAAAUUCCAGAAGGGGAAUGCUUGCAAGCCGAAGAACACCAUCCCAACCGUGAAGCACGGGGGUGGCAGCAUCAUGUUGUGGGGGUGCUUUGCUGUAGGAGGGACUGGUGCGCUUCACAAAAUAGAUGGCAUCAUGAGGAAGGAAAAUUAUGUGGAUAUAUUGAAGCAACAUCUCAAGACAUCAGUCAGGAAGUUAAAGCUUGGUCGCAAAUGGGUCUUCCAAAUGGACAAUGACCCCAAGCAUACUUCCUAAGUUGUGGCAAAAUGGCUUAAGGACAACAAAGACAAGGUAUUGGAGUGGCCAUCACAAAGCCCUGACCUCAAUCCUAUAGAGCAUUUGUGGGCAGAACUGAAAAAGUGUGUGCGAGCAAGGAGGCCUAGAAUCCUGACUCAGUUACACCAGCUCUGUCAGGAGGAAUGGGCCAAAAUUCACCCAACUUAUUGUGGGAAGCUUGUGGAAGGCUACCCAAAACGUUUGACCCAAGUUAAACAAUUUAAAGGCAACGCUACCAAAUACUAAUUGAGUGUAUGUAAACUUCUGACCCACUGGGAAUGUGAUGAAAUAAAUAAAACCUGAAAUAAAUAAUUCUCACUUCUAUUAUUCUGACAUUUCACAUUCUUAAAAUAAAGUGGUGAUCCUAACUGACCUAAGACAGGGAAUUUUUACUAGGAUUAAAUGUCAGGAAUUGUGAAAAACAGAGUUUAAAUGUAUUUGGCUAAGGUGUAUGUAAACUUCCAACUUCAACUGUAUAUGUACAUUCUCUAUGACAAACACUAAGAUAAUCCUCCUCUGUCUCCCCUCCCGUUCCAGGUCAGAGCUGUGUGGAUGAGCAGAUGUUUAAAGAGCAGGUGUUCCAUAAGGGAGAGAAGGGUCCAUAUGGGUUUAAAGAGCAGGUGUUCUAUAAGGGAGAGAAGGGUCCAUAUGGGUUUAAAGAGCAGGUGUUCUAUAAGGGAGAGAAGGGUCCAUAUGGGUUUAAAGAGCAGGUGUUCUAUGAGGGAGAGAAGGGUCCAUAUGCUUCAGAGAUCUAAUAAUCCUAGGUAGGUGAAGAAAAUAUGAUGGAGACUAGGCUGAGCUGUUGCUCACUCCUACCUACCCAGGCACAUCUCCUACCUACCUACCUACCUACCUACCUACCUACCUACCUACCUACCUACCUACCUACCUACCUACCUACCUACCUACCUACCUACUGAUGUCUAUUUUUAAUGGAUUAUCAGAUGAAAUUGAGUUAAUCAUGAACAUAUAGUUAACAUUCUUUGUGGCUAACUGAAUUGGGCCGUUUGUUUUUGUCUCUCUCUUCAAACACAGUGAAGGGAGCGGCACCAGGGUUGAAUAGAGUUUGGGCUAGACCUUUGUCUGCUCCUUGGUAUAGUCUUGAUUGAUUACAGCUUGAGGGGGGGAGGUUUGUGUUAUUUAGGGCCUGUCACGUAUAAGCUAAACAUGAGUGUGUGUGCAAGACAGGGGAACGGGUGAUUGGUUGGAGUAAUAGUUCAGGCGUCCUCAGGGACAAAGGAAGUGGGUGGAGCAAUAAAAGAGCGGAAAAACUGAAGAGGACUAUAUAAGUUGGAGGGAGACCUUAAGAAUGUGUGCCCCUCUGCAGACGGGUAUCGGCUUUGUUGAAAACUUUAAUAAAGUCAUUUCUUGAUGCAACGAAAACUCAUUAAGACCUUAUUUGUAAUAAAGUAUGGUGGUUAUUUUCCACAACACUACCUACCUACCCAGGCACAUCUUCUACCUACCUACCUACCUACCUACCUACCUACCUACCUACCUACCUACCUACCUACCUACCUACCUACCUACCUACCUACCUACCUACCUACCUACCUACCUACCUACCUACCUACCUACCUACCUACCUACCUACCCAGGCACAUCUUCUACCUACCUACCUACCUACUUACCUACCUACCUACCUACCUACCUACCUACCUACCUACCUACCCAGGCACAUCUUCCUGGAUAAUGAAAUGCAAACAAACACUGUAAUAAUGCAGGAUAACUAUUAAACAAGUUGUUAUACAUUCUUUACAGUCAUAGUAUUAUUCAUACAACACUAUGGUAAUAACCAAAUAAAUAUAAUAAUAUGGUAAUAACAUGGUAAUAACCUAAUAAUAACAAUAGUUUGGUUAUACCAAAUGUGAUCGUAAUGUGAUAGAAUAUCCUCGAGGUGGCCAACUCAUAAUCUAUUGCUGUUCCUAGUGAACUCAUAAUCUAUUGUUGUUCCUAGCGAACUCAUAAUCUAGUGUUGUUCCUAGUGAACUCAUAAUCUAGUGUUGUUCCUAGUGAACUCAUAAUCUAGUGUUGUUCCUAGCCAACUCAUAAUCUAUUGUUGUUCCUAGCCAACUCAUAAUCUAGUGUUGUUCCUAGCCAACUCAUAAUCUAUUGUUGUUCCUACUGAACUCAUAAUCUAUUGUUGUUCCUACUGAACUCAUAAUCUAUUGUUGUUCCUAGUGAACUCAUAAUCUAUUGUUGUUCCUAGUGAACUCAUAAUCUAUUGUUGUUCCUAGCGAACUCAUAAUCUAGUGUUGUUCCUAGUGAACUCAUAAUCUAGUGUUGUUCCUAGCCAACUCAUAAUCUAUUGUUGUUCCUAGCCAACUCAUAAUCUAGUGUUGUUCCUAGCCAACUCAUAAUCUAUUGUCGUUCCGCUAAGCGUUAGUUUCAUAUGCGUUGGGGUGGGGGGUGUUAAUUGGUAUUUGCCACACCUGUAGAGAAGAGGUUUGUUUCAGUCAGUGUGCCUGCCUUCCAGCAGUGAGUUGGCUGGAUCAGCCUUACAGGAUUGGUCUGGGGACAUGAAGGGCCUUGUUAUUUUUUAGGUCCUGCAGUCAGUCAGUCAGUCAGUCAGUCACCAUAGCAGGGUUUUUUCUUUAUUUUUACUAGUACUGAUUUUGCACAUAGCUGCAGAAGAAGCUUUCAGUGAUUGUGAUGUGCUUGUGUUACCUACUUUAGUUGAUUGCACUGAUUGUAAGUUGCUCUGGAUAAGAGUGUCUGCUUAAUGACUGAAAUGUAAAAUGUUGCAGUGGCUUGGUAUUGUGAAUUUCACUUAGCUGGAGGAACUUUAUAUUAUUUUCAGUUUGUUAAAUGUGUUAAUUCAUUCAUUCAUUCAUUAAUGCAGAAUCGCUGUGCACCCAAGCCCCAGAGUUUCAGCUGCCCAGUGGUGGCCAGUCUGAGGUGUGGGAGACCCUGGGUUCCUCUGUGGCUCUGAACUGUACAGCCCUGCUGUCCUGGAACCAGACAGAUCAACGGUGUGAAGCUACCUUCUCGACACUGCUCUGGAGCAAAGAUGGGACCCCUCUCAACCUCAGCCUUUACCCACAGAACACAUCCACCUGGUGAGUUCAACAGGACCUUGCAGAUCGCAUGUGGUCCUCUGUAGCUCAGCUGGUAGAGCACGGUGCUUGUAACGCCAGGGUAGUGGGUUCGAUCCCCGGGACCACCCAUACACACAAAAAAAAAGAAUGUAUGCACGCAUGACUGUAAGUCGCUUUGGAUAAAAGCGUCUGCUAAAUGGCUUAUUAUUAUAGUAUUACAUGUACACUGAACUACAGGUUGUCAUUGCAAAUAAGAAUCUACUCUUGACUUAUUUGUAUAAAUUAAGGUUAAAUUACAAAUAAUGUUCUGCUUUUUCCCCCCCACAAUGUCCAACCAAUUACAAUACAGAGGCCACCUUUUUGUUCUCCUGGCAGGACUCACAGCCCAUCCCAGAUGAUGGUGAGCAGUGUGCUGCAGGUCCGGCUUAGAGAGCAGGCUGACUUUGGCCUCUACUCCUGUGAGGUGAGGAACACCUCUGCUGACUUCAGCCUGCAGAAUACAGGUAAGAGACCAGGGGAUUGUGGACUGUACAUUAUACUAUAUCAGACAUGUUGUCAAAGGCAAUUCACAGUAGUGUGUGCGUACAAUACUUAUUUCAAAUGUUAAUUUCAAGACAUUUAAAAACGCAUUGAUGUGAUAACUGAGCCUGGGUGAAUACAGAUAUGCUGUUUUAUUAUUUAAAAAAUGUUUAGGGGGUAUAUCAGCUUUAAUAUUGUAGCUUCCAUGAAUGUAAUUGUCUGCAUCAUUUCCAAUUCCGCAUAUAUAUUUUUUGUAAAUAUACACUACCGGUCAAAAGUUUUAGUACACCUACUCAUUCAAGGGUUUUUCUUAAUUUUUUACUAUUUUCUACAUUGUAGAAUAAUAGUGAAGACAUCAAAACUAUGAAAUAACACAUAUGGAAUCAUGUAGUAACCAAAAAAGUGUUAAACAUAUCAAAAUAAUUUUAUAUUUGAGAUUCUUCAAAGUAGCCACCCUUUGCCUUGAUGACAGCUUUGCACACUCUUGGCAUUCUCUCGACCAGCUUCUUGAGGUAGUCAACUGGAAUGCAUUUCAAUUAACAGGUGUGCCUUGUUAAAAGUUAAUUUGUGGAAUUUGUGGAAUUUCUUUCCUUCUUAAUGCGUUUGAGCCAAUCAGUUGUGUUGUAACAAGGUAGGGGUGGUAUACAGAAGAUAGCCCUAUUUGGUAAAAGACGUAGUGCAUAUUAUGGCAAGAACAGCUCAAAUAAGCAAAGAGAAAUGACAGUCUAUCAUUACUUUAAGACAUGAAGGUCUGUCAAUUCCAUAAAGUAAGUGUGGAAGAGGUGAUGUUUUUAAAAUUAUUGUCGAUCAACAAUGAAAAGCCACUGGGGUCUGACAACUUGGAUGGAAAAUGACUGAGGAUAAUAGCGGACGAUAUUGCCACUCCUAUUUGCCAUAUCUUCAAUUUAAGCCUACUAGAAAGUGUGUGCCCUCAGGCCUGGAGGGAAGCAAAAGUUAUUCCGCUACCUAAGAAUAGUAAAGUCCCCUUAACUGGCUCAAAUAGCCGACCAAUUAGCCUGUUACCAACCCUUAGUAAACUAUUGGAAAAAAUUGUGUUUGACCAGAUACAAUGCUAUUUUACUGUAAACAAAUUGACAACAUACUUUCAGCACGCUUAUAGGGAAGGACAUUCAACACGCCCAGCACUUUAUUAUUUACAAAUUACUGAUGAUUGGCUGAGAGAAAUUGAUGAUAAAAAGAUUGUGGGGGCUGUUUUGUUAUACUUCAGUGCUCGAUCAUAGUCUGUUGCUGGAAAAGCGUAUGAGUUUUGGCUUUACACCCCCUGCUAUAUUGUGGAUAAAAGUUACCUGUCUAACAGAACACAGAGGGUGUUCUUUAAUGGAAGCCUCUACAGCAAAAUCCAGGUAGAAUCAGGAAUUCCCCAGGGCAGCUGUCUAGGACCCUUACUUUUUUCAAUCUUUACUAAUGACAUGCAACUGGCUUUGAGUAAAGCCAAUGUGUCUAUGUAUGUGGAUGACUCAACACUAUACACGUCAGCUACCACAGCGACUGAAACGACUGCAACACUUAACAAAGAGCCGCAGUUAGUUUCAGAAUGGGUGGCAAGGAAUAAGUUAGUCCUAAAUAUUUCAAAAAAUAAAAGCAUUGUAUUUGGGAGAAAUCAUUUACUAAACCUGUGAUGAUGAGUUUCUAGGGUAUCAAGUAAUUCAUGAUGCAAGAAGAUAUUUAACACUUAGAUGGAGAGUUCAUUCAAGUAUUGAAUAGGUACCGUGGUUCGCAUAACAAAAAACCUGUGCUUCGCCUCUUGACAUUCGAACUAACUUGAACAAAGAAAACCUCUGUUUAUAUACUCUGUUACACGUUUCUUGAACAACAUCUGUUAACCAUCAUUUGGCACUCCCUUCUUUGAUGGUAUUACCCUGUACCCAAGUCAGUAUAUUACUAUCUAUCAAUCAUUCUAAGAUAAACCACCAGUAAUCUCCCUUGACAUAAUGGAAUCCUUGUUAUUCAGACAAUGUGGCACCAAGUCACUUAUCUACCUUGUUCCUACGACACUGUGAAAUGACAUCAUAACAAAACCCUAAACCUCAACUAAAUCUUGUAAUUAAUAAUGUGGAAAUUGAGCGAGUUGAGGAGACUAAAUUGCUUGGAGUAACCCUGGAUUGUAAACUGUCAUGGUCAAAACAUAUUGAUACAACAGUAGCUAGGAUGGGGAGAAGUCUGUCUAUAAUAAAGCGCUGCUCUGCCUUCUUAACACCACUAUCAACAAGGCAGGUCCUACAGGCCCUAGUUUUGUCGCACCUGGACUACUGUUCAGUCGUGUGGUCAGGUGCCACAAAGAGGGACUUAGGAAAAUUGCAAUUGGCUCAGAACAGGGCAGCACGGCUGGCCCUUGGAUGUACACAGAACGCUAACAUUAAUAAUAUGCAUGUCUAUCUCUCCUGGCUUAAAGUGGAGGAGGGAAGUAUGAAAAAUGUAUGCACUCACUAACUGUAAAUCGCUCUGGAUAAGAGCGUCUGCUAAAUGACUAAAAUGUAAAUGUAAAUGAGAUUGACUUCAUCACUACUGUAUUUGUGAGAGGUAUUGACAUGUUGAAAGCACCGUGCUGUCUGUUUGAACGACUGGCACACAGCUCAGACACCCGUGCAUAUCCCACAAGACAUGCCACCAGAGAUCUCUUCACAGUCCCCAAGUCCAGAACAGACUAUGGGAGGCGCACAGUACUACAUAGAGCCAUGACUACAUGGAACUCUAUUCCACAUCAAGUAACUGAUGCAAGCAGUAGAAUCAGAUUUUUAAAAAACAGAUAUAAAUACACCUUAUGGAACAGCAGGGACUGUGAAGCAACACAAACAUGGACACAUGCAUACAAACACACGAUAACAUACGCACUAUACACACACGUACACAUGGAUUUUGUGUUAUAGAUAUGUGGUAGUAGAGUAGAGGCCUGAGGGCACGCACUUAAUAUGUUGUGAAAUCUGUUAUGUAUUGUAAUGUUUUUAAAAUGUAUAACUGCCUUAAUUUUGCUGGACCCCAGGAAGAUUUUUGGUUCCAACCGCCGUGUCUUUGUGAGACCCAGAGUAGGUGAACGGAUUAUCUCCGCAUGUGUGGUUCCCACUGUGAAGCAUGGAGGAGGAGGUGUGAUGGUGUGGGGGUACUUUGCUGGUGACACUGUCUGUGAUUUAUUUAGAAUUCAAGGCACACUUAACCAGCAUGGCUACCACAGCAUUCUGCAGAGAUACGCCAUCCCAUCUGGUUUGCGCUUAGUGGGACUAUAAUUUGUUUUUCAACAGGACAAUGACCCAGAACACACCUCCAGGCUGUGUAAGGGCUAUUUGACCAAGAAGGAGAGUGAUGGAGUGCUGCAUCAGAUGACCUGGCCUCCACAAUCCCCCGACCUCAACCCAAUUGAGAUGGUUUGGGAUGAGUUGGACCGCAGAGUGAAGGAAAAGCAGCCAACAAGUGCUCAGCAUAUGUGGGAACUCCUUCAAGACUGUUGGAAAAGCAUUCCUCAUGAAGCUGGUUGAGAGAAUGCCAAUAGUGUGCAAAGGCAAAGGGUGGCUACUUUGAAGAAUAUAAAAUAUAAAAUAUAUUUUGAUUUGUUUAACACUUUUUUGGGUUACUACAUGAUUCCAUAUGUGUUAUUUCAUAGUUUUGAUGUCUUCACUAUUAUUCUACAAUGUAGAAUAUAGUAAAAAUAAAGAAAAACCCUUGAAUGAGUAGGUGUGUCCAAACUUUUGACUGGUAGUGUAUAUAUAUAUAUAUAUACACUACCAUGUUGUACAAAUAUAUUUUCCAUUAUUAUGUUCCCCUAACCCCUCCCCUAAUUGGAGUAAACUAAUGGACAACACUUAGGCUUCUACUUUCAUCUUAUACAUACUAUAUGCUGUUUUAUUAAUGGCUCAUGAUUGUUGGUGUCUUGUUUGUGUGUUCACAGCCCAGCCCAGUCACACAGCGGCAGUGAUAGCAGCCAUCAGUCUCUUCCUUCUCCUGACUGUAGCUGCUGUCGUCUACUCCAGGUGCCGUCUCAACGUCACACUCUGGUACCGGAACUCCUAUGGAGACUAUGAGAUCGACGGUGAGGAGUGAGGACAUCCCCACUGCAGUGGUUAAAACACAGUGUGAGCCCACUUUCGUACUGUAGGUGGGCUAAUGUUAGUUGUACAUAUGUAGGAUUUUAAUUUGAGCCAGUUUGCUACAUCAGAAAAAUUGUCUAGCAGCAACAGCAAAUAUGAAUUAUUACGUGGAUUAUAAUGAAUUGAUUUUUUUUUUUUUUUUGAUAGGGCAAAUCAAUUCUGACAUUUUAAAGUGGAAAUUAAAAACUUUAGAAGCCUUUUUAAACCUCAAUUACACUACACGUUUGCAUUUCAUAUUUGCAGGAAAAGAUUAAGGCAUCUGUAGGUAUCGGUAAACUGAUUCAAGUAGUAUUGGGGGUUACAAUGAAUUGAACAUAUCAAAGAUACUGUAUAUUAUUAUUUUCUUGCAAUGAUUGUCAUAUGUGGUUGUAAGAAGGGUUUACUCAGGAUCGUGACACUGAAUUGUGGUAAGUGUCAUAAGGCCUGCGUAACACUGUCAUAAGGCCUGCGUAACACUGUCAUAAGGCCUGCAUAACACUGUCAUAAAGCCUGCAUAACACUGUCAUAAAGCCUGCAUAACACUGUCAUAAAGCCUUCAUAAUACUGUCAUAAAGCCUGCAUAACACUGUCAUAAAGCCUGCAUAACACUGUCAUAAAGCCUGCAUAACACUGUCAUAAAGCCUGCAUAACACUGUCAUAAGGCCUGCAUAACACUGUCAUAAAGCCUGCAUAACACUGUCAUAAAGCCUGCAUAACACUGUCAUAAAGCCUUCAUAACACUGUCAUAAGGCCUGCAUAACACUGUCAUAAGGCCAAAUGUAAGAUAAGCUAUGUUAUAAUGUCUCUCUGUUUGUCAUCAGAUGGGAAGCUGCAUGACGCCUACAUCUCCUACGUGAACAACGAAUACGACAGAAAGUUGGUCAACUUCAUCAUCAAACCUCACCUGGUCAACAAAUCUGGACAUAAGCUACACCUCAAUGAUAACAACAUCCUACCUGGGGAUGGUAAUGAUGACACAACAUAACCCUCAGUCCGUUUGACUCUUACUAAAAACAACUUGUAUGCAGAGCCGAUCCAGCACUUACAGGAGCAAUUAUGGUUAAGUGCCUUGUUUAAGGGCGCAUCGACAGAUUUUUCACACAGUCGGCUUGGGGAUUAGAACCAGCGACCUUUGGGUUACUGGCCCAACGCUCUUAACCUGUUAGGCUACCUGCCGCCCUGAAAGUCUUCAUGUUGACCUUCUUCUUCUUCUUCUUCUCUUCUUUCUUCUUUCUUCCUCUUUUCUUCUCUUCUUCUUUUCUCUCUUCUCUUCUUCUUCUUCUUCUUCUUCUGCUCCUCCUCCUCCUCUGUCAGAGCCGUCUGCUGAGUUGCUGAUGAACGUUAGUCACUGUCGACGCCUCAUCGUAGUGAUGUCACACGCCUACCUAGAACAGGACUGGUGCUUUAACAACUUUAGGUAGGUAUGCAGAUAGCUCAUCAUUAUGCCUAUGUAAAAAAUGAUGCUAACCGCUAAUGCUAAUGCUAGUUGUGUCCCUGUGUGGUCCUCUCUUAGCUUAGCAUGCUAACCACUAAUGCUAAUUUUGUCCCUGUGUGGUCCUCUCUUAGCUUAGCAGGCUAAUGAUAAUGCCACUAAUGCUACAGCGUCACUAUGUGUUUACCCAUGUCCGUAAAGAACAGGGACAACUGCAACUGAUGUCUGUACAAAACCCUCAGCAUAGCAUGAUCUAGCUGACUGCUAAUGCCAGUUGCUAAUAUCCCUGUGUUGUCCACACUCUCAGACAGUCUAAUGUCUCUGUGUUGUCCACUCUCUCAGACAGUCUAAUGUCUCUGUGUUGUCCACCCUCUCAGACAGUCUAAUGUCUCUAUGUUGUCCACCCUCUCAGACAGUCUAAUGUCUCUGUGUUGUCCACCCUCUCAGACAGUCUAAUGUCUCUGUGUUGUCCACCCUCUCAGACAGGCUAAUGUCGUUGUGUUUUCCACCCUCUCAGACAUCUAAUGUCUCUGUGUUGUCCACCGUCUCAGACAGGCUAAUGUCACUGUGUUGUCCACCCUCUCAGACAGUCUAAUGUCUCUGUGUUGUCCACCCUCUCAGACAGUCUAAUGUCUCUGUGUUGUCCACCCUCUCAGACAGUCUAAUGUCUCUGUGUUGUCCACCCUCUCAGACAGGCUAAUGUCGUUGUGUUGUCCACCCUCUCAGACAGUCUAAUGUCUCUAUGUUGUCCACCCUCUCAGACAGUCUAAUGUAUCUGUGUUGUCCACCCUCUCAGACAGGCUAAUGUCGUUGUGUUGUCCACCCUCUCAGACAGUCUAAUGUCUCUGUGUUGUCCACCCUCUCAGACAGUCUAAUGUCUCUGUGUUGUCCACCCUCUCAGACAGUCUAAUGUCUCUGUGUUGUCCACCCUCUCAGACAGUCUAAUGUCUCUGUGUUGUCCACCCUCUCAGACAGUCUAAUGUCUCUGUGUUGUCCACCCUCUCAGACAGUCUAAUGUCUCUGUGUUGUCCACCCUCUCAGACAGGCUAAUGUCGUUGUGUUGUCCACCCUCUCAGACAGUCUAAUGUCUCUAUGUUGUCCACCCUCUCAGACAGUCUAAUGUCUCUGUGUUGUCCACCCUCUCAGACAGUCUAAUGUCUCUGUGUUGUCCACCCUCUCAGACAGGCUAAUGUCGCUGUGUUGUCCACCCUCUCAGACAGUCUAAUGUCUCUGUGUUGUCCACCCUCUCAGACAGUCUAAUGUCUCUGUGUUGUCCACCCUCUCAGACAGUCUAAUGUCUCUGUGUUGUCCACCCUCUCAGACAGUCUAAUGUCUCUGUGUUGUCCACCCUCUCAGACAGUCUAAUGUCUCUGUGUUGUCCACCCUCUCAGACAGUCUAAUGUCUCUGUGUUGUCCACCCUCUCAGACAAGGCCUUCUGCACCUGCUGGAGCUGUCCCAGAGGCCCAUCAUCAUCAUCACAUUGGAGGGUCAGGUCAAACACAUGAGACCUGAUGUGGUCCAGCAGAUCAGAGAACACCAACACAGACUCACCUUGCUCACCUGGUCAGGAUCACACUCCAUGGUGAUUCAACCUAGCCCUAUCUCUAACCCUGACCCUAGCCCUAUCUCUAACCCUGACCCUAGCCCUAUCUCUAACCCUGGUCCUGACCCUAGCCCUAUCUCUAACCCUGACCCUAGCCCUAUCUCUAACCCUGACCCUAGCCUAUCUCUAACCCUGACCCUUAGCCCUAUCUCUAACGCUGGUCCUAACCCUGACCCUAGCCCUAUCUCUAACCCUGGUCCUGACCCUAGCCCUAUCUGUAACCCUGGUCCUGACCCUAGCCCUAUCUGUAACCCUGACCCUAGCCCUAUCUCUAACCCUGACCCUAGCCCUAUCUCUAACCCUGGUCCUGACCCUAGCCCUAUCUCUAACCCUGACCCUAGCCCUAUCUCUAACCCUGACCCUAGCCCUAUCUCUAACCCUGACCCUAGCCCUAUCUCUAACGCUGGUCCUGACCCUAGCCCUAUCUGUAACCCUGGUCCUGACCCUAGCCCUAUCUCUAACCCUGACCCUAGCCCUAACCCUUAGCCCUAACCCUUAGCCCUGACCCUAGCCCUAUCUCUAACCCUGACCCUAGCCCUAUCUCUAACCCUGGUCCUGACCCUAGCCCUAUCUCUAACCCUGACCCUAGCCCUAUCUCUAACCCUGACCCUAGCCCUAUCUCUAACCCUGACCCUAGCCCUAUCUCUAACCCUGACCCUAGCCCUAUCUCUAACCCUGACCCUAGCCCUAUCUCUAACCCUGGUCCUGACCCUAGCCCUAUCUCUAACCCUGAGCCUGACCCUAACCCUGACCCUGGUCCUGACCCUAGCCCUAUCUCUAAUCCUGACCCUAGCCCUAUCUCUAACCCUGACCCUAGCCCUAACCCUUAGCCCUGACCCUAGCCCUAUCUCUAGCCCUGACCCUAGCCCUAUCUCUAACCCUGACCCUAGCCCUAACCCUUAGCCCUAACCCUUAGCCCUGACCCUAGCCCUAUCUCUAGCCCUGACCGUAACACAUGAAGCCUGACGUGGUGAGUGGCGCAGUGGUCUAAGGCACUGCAUCGCAGUGCUAACUGUGUCACUAGAGAUCCUGGUUCGAAUCCAGGCUCUGUCGCAGCCGGCCGCGACCGGGAGACUCAUGGGCGGCGCACAAUUGGCCCAGCGUCGUCCAGGGUAGGGGAGGGAAUGGCCGGCAGGGAUGUAGCUCAGUUGAUAGAGCAUGGCGUUUGCAACGCCAGGGUUGUGGGUUCGAUUCCCACAGGGGGCCAGUAUAAAAUAAAUAAAUAUGUAAGUCGCUCUGGAUAAGAGCGUCUGCUAAAUGACUAAAAAUGUAAAUGUAAAUGUCAUAGAAUGGUUAGGAUCACCUCAUUAUCUUCCAAUGCUACAGCUUAGUUAUUGUGUCAUAUGACAACUGGCAAAUAUGUUUUUUUCACAUUACUUAUCCAAGCUUUACUGUGCUGGCCUGGUUAAGCAUCCACUAUUGUUGCUGGAACUGUGCCGGAAACAGGACAAUGUAAAAAGACGGGGUCUAUCCAAACCAGCCCAUCACUGUAUGGUAAUAACGUUCUUUUACGUUCUGGUCAUUUUUUUCCCAGUCCCACAAAAAUGCAACAAAGUGCAUAUGCAAAGCCCUCAUUCUGUCACUCAGAAAAUUAUUCCAGUGUCUGCCUGCCAGCUGAAAGUCUUUACCAGUGUGUGUGUAGGCUACCUGCCCCUCCCCCUCCCUCCAGUGUAAGCGACCUGCCCUCCCCCUCCCUCCAGUGUAGGCUAACUGCCCCCUCCCCCUCCCCCUCCAGUUAGGCUACCAGGCCCCUCACACCCUCCCCCUCCCUCCAGUGUAGGCUACCUGCCCUCCCCCUCCCUCACAUGUAGACUACCUGCCCCUCCCCUCCCUCCAGGUAGGCUACCUGCCCCUCCCCCCUCCUCCAAGGUAGGCGGUACUGCCCCUCCCCCUCCCUCCAGUGUAGCUACUUGCCCCUCCCCCUCCCUCCAGUGUAGGCUACUUUGCCCCUCCCCCUCCCUCCAGUGUAGCUACCUGCCCCUCCCCCUCCCUCCAUGUAGGCUAACCGCCCCUCCCCCUCCCUCCAGUGUAGGCUAGCUGCCCCCCCCCCUCCCUCCAGUGUAGGCUACUUGCCCCCCUCCCCCAGGUGGCUAUGCCCCUCCCUCCUCCAGUGUAGGCUACUGCCCCGUCCCCUCCUCCAGUGUAGGCUACCUGCCCCUCCCCCUCCCUCCAGUGUAGGCUACUUGCCCCUCCCCCCUCCCUCCAGUGUAGGCUACUGCCCCUCCCCCUCCCUCCAGUGUAGGUUACCUGCCCCUCCCCCCCCCCCCCCCCCUCCCUCCAGUUAGGCUAAACCUGACCCUCCCCCCCUACCAGUGUAGGGCCACCUGCCCCCCCCUCCCCCGUUAGGCUACCUGCGCCCUCCCCCUACCCUCCAGUGUAGGCUACUGCCACUCCCCCUCCCUCCAGUGUAGGCUACCUGCCCCUCCCCCCUCCCUCCAGUGUAGGCUACUGCCCCUCCCCCUCCCUCCAGUGUAGGCUACCUGCCCCUCCCCCUCCCUCCAGUGUAGGUACUUGCCCCUCCCCCUCCCUCCAGUGUAGGCUACCUGCCCCUCCCCCCCCCUCCCGUGUAGGCUACCUGCCCCUCCCCCUCCUCCAGUGUAGGUUACCUGCCCCUCCCCCUCCCCCUCCAGUUGUAAGCUAACCUGCCCCUCCCCCUCCCUCCAGUGUAGGCGACCUGCCCCUCCCCCUCCCUCCAGUGGUAGGCUACCUGCCCCUCCCCCCUCCUCCAGUGUAGGCUACCUGCCCCUCCCCCUCCCUCCAGUGUAGGCUACCUGCCCCUCCCCCUCCCUCCAGUGUAGGCUAGCCUGCCCUCCCCCUCCCUCCAGUGUAGGCUACCUGCCCCUCCCCCUCCCUCCAGUGUAGGCUAACCUGCCCUCCCCCCCCCCUCCAUGUAGUCUAGCUGCCCCUCCCCCUCCCUCCAGUGUAGUCUACUGCCCCCUCCCCCUCCCUCCAGUGUAGGCUACUUGCCCUCCCCCUCCCUCCAGUGUAGGCUACCUGCCCCUCCCCCUCCCUCCAUUGUAGGCUACUUGCCCCUCCCCCUCCCUCCAGUGUAGGCUACCUGCCCCUCCCCCUCCCUCCAGUGUAGGCUACCUGCCCCUCCCCCUCCCUCCAGUGUAGUCUAGCUGCCCCUCCCCCCUCCCUCCAGUGUAGUCCUAGCUGCCCCUCCCCCUCCCUCCAGUGUAGGCUACUUGCCCCCCCCCUCCCUCCAGUGUAGGCUACUUGCCCCUCCCCCUCCCUCCAGUGUAGGCUACUUGCCCCUCCCCCUCCCUCCAGUGUAGGCUACCAGCCCCUCCCCCUCCCUCCAGUGUAGGCUACCAGCCCCUCCCCCUCCCUCCAGUGUAGGCUACCUGCCCCUCCCCCUCCCUCCAGUGUAGGCUACCUGCCCCUCCCCCUCCCUCCAGUGUAGGCUACCUGCCCCCCCCCCCUCCAGUGUAGGCUACUUUGCCCCUCCCCCUCCCUCCAGUGUAGUCUACUUGCCCCUCCCCCUCCCUCCAGUGUAGUCUAGCUGCCCCCUCCCCCUCCCUCCAGUGUAGGCUACUUGCCCCUCCCCCCUCCAGUGUAGGCUACCUGCCCCUCCCCCUCCCUCCAGUGUAGGCUACCUGCCCCUCCCCCCUCCCUCCAGUGUAGGCUACUUGCCCCUCCCCCUCCCUCCAGUGUAGGCUACCUGCCCCUCCCCCUCCCUCCAGUGUAGGCUACCUGCCCCUCCCCCUCCCUCCAGUGUAGGCUACUUGCCCCUCCCCCUCCCUCCAGUGUAGGCUACUUGCCCCUCCCCCUCCCUCUGAAACAUGUAUAGUCUACUGUAGCUACUGACGUUACAGGCGUGAUUCAGAAAUUAGGGAGAGAGAUUUUUAGUUAAGAGAACAGUGGAUUAACCUUUUUAAUGCUAGUUAAAGAUACUGUAGUUGUUUUACAUUGGACGUGUUUUUAUUUUAAUUCUGGUGCCGCUCUGCACACACAAGCUUGUUAGCUAGCUAGCCUGUUAGCUAGCUCUGGUCCAGCUCUCAAAUUCUAGGCAGCAUUAUGUAUAAUAUAAUGUGACUGAGAGUCAUGAUCAACGGCUAGCUCCGGUCCAACGUUAGUGAAGCCAACUCUCUGAAGUUCAAAGACAUUCAAAGUUCCUUCACAGAAGCCACUCCCUCCGUAAGUAUAAUUCUGUGGGUCUAAUUCAGAUAACGCACGUCAUAACAACAAGAUGCCCAGCGCUUCAUGCCCAGUGCUCUCCUCACCAGGAACAUUUCAGUCGCAUGUUGCACCCUACACUACACUUGUCUGUUCAAUGCAUGUACAUAGCUUGCCUGCUCCAUAACAAGUUGCUCUAUCCAUUGCUGAAGUCAUUUCAUGUUGAGCUAAACCUCGAUUUCAGAGGUUUAAAAACUGGUACUUUUUUGGGGUUCAAACUGGUUCAGAACUUUAUAUUGCUGGUCAGAACAGUGGAACGGCUAACUGGACUGUAUACUGUGCUGUGUCUCCCCAGCCGCCGUCGUCAGUGUUCUGGAAGGAGUUGGCCCUGGCCAUGCCUCGUAAGGUUGUGUUCCACAGCGACGCGGCAGGGGACCCACAGACCCUCUUCCAAGACGAUAAGGACCCCAUGCUCACCCUCAACCCAGACUACCUGGACUGUCGCCCUGACCCCGACCCUGCAGGAGACCUGGGUAAGACCAUGUGACUGGCUGGCAACAGGGUUGGGUGCUAUUGGCACUGGAUUACAAUGCUAAUUCCAUUUCAGAUUGGGUCAAUUCCAUUUCAAUUCAGUCAAUUCAAUAAAUUAAAAUGGAUUUGACCCCAAACCUAAUCCACCAGGACCAAUACCAUUUUGUGUUAUGUAAUGUAAUCGUAUCCAUACACCAGUGGAGGCUGCUGAGGGGAGGAUGGCUCAUAAUAAUGGCUGGAACGGAGCAAAUGGAAUGGCAUCAAACACAUGGAAACCAUGUGUUUGAUGUACUUGAUACCAUUCCACUAACUCCGCUCCAGCCAUUACCACAAGCUCGUCCUCCCCAAUUAAGGUGUCGCCAAGCUUCGAGAAAGCUACAAUGCUUCACUCUAAAGCCCCAUAGAACUAAGAUUGCUGACCUACAGCGUCGAUCCACACAUUUCUUCAACCAAAUGACUAAAUCUCCUUGUUCACCCUCUCCUUUCUUCUCUCAUUUUCUCCAGGCCUGCGUCUCCCAGUCCACAAGGCCCCGACACCAAGAGUCCCUGUGCUGCCAAUGUUCCCCUCUGUCCCUGCAUCCCUGACUGAGCCCAAACCCUCAGAUAUAGAUGUAUCGGACCUGGGAUCGCGCAACUAUGGAGCUCGCAAUGACUUCUACUGCCUGGUCACAGAGGACAUCUGAGCUAAACUGUAGCCCCUGAAGAAAAAAGAAGAACAAGAUCUCAAAUUUCUACUCUCCCAGAAGGAAAUAGGUCACUUCAGUCUGAAACAUGUUCUCUCAACAACACCAUUACUUCACAGUGUAUGUUACAUUUCUAAAAAGUGAAAACAUUUUUGUUCUUUGAACAACUUUGAUUUUAUCUCAGAUUUAUUACAUUUGUGCUUAUAUUAAACUGAGUGUACAAACAAUAGGAACACCUGCUCUUUCCAUGACAUAGACUG